UGGUAUGCCUGGGGAGGUGCUGGGAACCCAUAGAGGGGAUGAGCAACAUGGGUUGGGGGAUGCUGGGCACCCAUGGGUGGUGGUGAGAUGCUUGGGGAGGUGCUGAGCACCCAUGGGAGAAGGAUGGAGGGUGCUGGGCACCCAUGGGAGAAGCAUGGAGGGUGCUGGGCACCCACAGGUGGUAGUGGGAUGCAUGGGGAGGUGCUGAGCACCCAUAGGAGGAUGCAUGGGGGGUGCUGGGCACCCACGGAGGUGUGGGGGCUGCAUGAGAGGUGGUUGAGGUCCUCCUGGGGUUGCAUGGAGCAUAUGGGGGCACCCAUGUGGGCAUGGAGGGUGCUGGGCACCCACAGGGGUGUGGUAGGGGGGUACUGAGGGUGUUGAGCACGCUGGGAGGUGCCCCCAGAAAAGGGAGCCGUUGACCCAAAUAAAACUCUCAAGGGACCAGCAGCACCCCAACGCCUGCCACCUCCCUCCAGCGGGGCUCAGCCAUGGCAAGACCUGGACACGCCUGGAGCCGCCUGUCCUUGGAGGAAGAUGAGGAGGCCGAGGACCCGUUGGAUGCCAUGAUCUCGCGGACAGGCUGCGCAGCGCAGCACCGGGAGCUGCAAGAGUGCAUGGCGGAGCGGCAGGACUGGCGGCACUGCCAAGCCCAGGUCCGGGCUUUUGGCGAGUGCAUGGCCCGGCGGCAGCGCCCCGAGGAGCCGCACCGGGCAGCCGGCUCACGCCAAACCAACCCCUCACCCACCAGGGACUGAAAUCACCAGGGAACCCCCACUCCUAGCACCACAGGAAUGGGGUAGCUGUGCCAUUUGACCCCUUUUUUCGUGUUGUUUUUUUUAUUGAAGUGGGUGGAGGCACUGGGUAAAUCCACACUAAAUUAAAUCUGGUGACAUUUGUUGCUCUG